GGCGGGUCCUUGUCGGCUUCUAUGGCAGCUGGUGGCGGUGACGUCUAAAGUUUCUGUUCCGGCAACCUCGCGGCCCUAGGGUGAGUGUUUGCACUGCUGGGCUGAACGUCAGGCGUCUUUAGAGGAUGUCAGAUGAGAGAGUCUUCCAUUCAUGUCAAACUCAGGAACAAGACAGCUUACAAGGUCAGUCUGUCAGUGGUCAUGUGGAAAUGACAGUCAAGCAAGAAAAUAAUGACCAUGCGGAGAUGGAGGAAGACCUUCCCUCUUGUUCUUCUGCUAAUGUCCCAUCCACUUCCAUGGAGGGCUGUCCAUUGGAACUUCCAAGGAAAGGGCUGUCGCUGCUGCACAUCGACAGACAUCAGAUCCAGGCAGUGGAGCCAAGUGCACAAGCUCUUGAACUUCUGGGGUUGGGAGUGGAUGUCUACGACCAGGACGUCUUGGAGCAAGGGGUACUUCAGCAGGUGGACAGUGCGAUCCAUGAGGCCAGCCGUGUAGCUCAGCUUGCUGAUGCAGAGAAAGAGUAUCGGUCAGUCUUGGAUGACCUCACGUCAUGUACAACAUCCUUGAGGCAAAUCAAUAAAAUUAUUGAACAGCUUAGUCCUCAGGCUGCCACCAAUAAAGCCAUCAACAGGAAACUAGAUUCUGUAAAACGACAGAAGUAUAAUAAGGAACAACAGCUAAAGAAGAUCACAGCAAAACAAAAACGUCUGCAGGCAAUCCUUGGAGGAGCAGAGGCACACAUUGAACUAGAUCAUGCCAGUCUGGAGGAAGAGGAUUCAGAGCCAGGACCAUCCUGUCUUGGCAGCAUGCUCAUGCCUGUGCAGGAGACUGCUUGGGAGGAGCUUAUUCGCACUGGCCAGAUGACACCAUUUGGUACCCAGAUCCCUCAGAAACAGGAGAAAAAGCCGAGGAAACUAAUGCUCAAUGAAGCAUCAGACUUUGAAAAGUAUUUGGCAGAUCAAGCAAAACUGUCUUUUGAAAGGAAGAAGCAAGCUUCUACUAAAAAAGCAACUAGGAAAGCUCCAACUUCGGUGACUUCUAAGCAGAGUUCAACACCCAGUGAAAACAAACCAAAUAAGAAAAGUCAAGUUUUGUCAAGGACAGAUAAGCGCUUGAAAAAGCACAUGAAGAAACUCCAGAAGAGGGCUCUUCAGUUCCAGGGGAAAGUGGGAUUGGUAAAGAGAAAGAAAUCAUUAGAGUCUGAUGUGAGGCCAAAGACAAAGGGAGACUCUGAGGAUGAGGAGUCCGAGUACUUACCUUCAGAGGUAGAACAGGAAGAGGCUGAAGGUGCAGAGCUGUCAGGAGAAGACACAGAUUGUGAGCUGAGGCCUGUGCUCAAACACCGACAGAAGAAAGUCAUCAAGCAAGAGGUUGAUGACGACUUCUUACCAAGUUCUGGGGAAGAAACUGAAGCUGAAACUGCAACUGGAGGACGUCGAAAAGCAGUGAGAUGCCGAGAUGAUGGAGAUGAAGAUUAUUAUAAGCAGAGGUUAAGGAAAUGGAAUAAACUGAGACUUCAGGACAAAGAGAAGUCUUUGAGGCAUGAAGAAGAUUCCGAGGAAAGUGACGCUGAAUUUGAUGAAGGUUUUAAAAUGCCAGGUUUUCUGUUCAAAAAACUUUUUAAGUACCAGCAGACAGGUGUUAGGUGGCUGUGGGAAUUGCACUGCCAGCAGGCAGGAGGAAUUCUGGGAGACGAAAUGGGAUUGGGCAAGACCAUCCAGAUAAUUGCCUUCUUGGCAGGUCUGAGCUACAGCAAGAUCAGGACUCGUGGUUCAAAUUACAGGUUUGAGGGUUUGGGUCCAGCUCUAAUUGUCUGUCCAACAACAGUGAUGCAUCAGUGGGUAAAGGAAUUUCACACAUGGUGGCCUCCAUUUAGAGUGGCAAUUCUACAUGAAACCGGCUCCUCUUCCCACAAAAAGGAGAGACUUAUUCGAGAUAUUGCUCACUGUCAUGGAAUUCUGAUCACUUCUUACUCCUACAUUCGACUGAUGCAGGAUGACAUUAGCAGGCAUGACUGGCACUAUGUGAUCUUGGAUGAAGGACACAAAAUUAGAAAUCCCAAUGCUGCAGUAACUCUUGCUUGCAAACAGUUCCGUACUCCUCAUCGCAUCAUUUUGUCUGGCUCUCCGAUGCAAAAUAACCUUCGAGAGUUAUGGUCGCUGUUUGACUUUAUCUUCCCAGGAAAGUUAGGAACAUUGCCUGUUUUUAUGGAGCAGUUUUCAGUCCCUAUCACCAUGGGGGGAUAUUCAAAUGCUUCUCCAGUACAGGUUAAAACUGCAUACAAGUGUGCAUGUGUCUUGCGAGAUACCAUAAAUCCGUAUCUGCUUCGGAGAAUGAAGUCAGAUGUCAAAAUGAGCCUUUCUUUGCCUGAUAAAAAUGAGCAGGUCUUAUUUUGUCGUCUUACAGAUGAGCAACAUAAAGUCUACCAAAAUUUCAUUGACUCCAAAGAAGUGUAUGGCAUUCUCAAUGGAGACAUGCAGAUUUUCUCUGGACUUGUAGCCCUAAGGAAGAUAUGCAACCACCCUGAUCUCUUUUCUGGAGGCCCCAAGAAUCUCAGAGGUCCUGCAGAUGACGUACUAGAGGAAGAUCAGUUUGGGUACUGGAAACGAUCUGGGAAAAUGAUAGUUGUUGAGUCCUUGUUGAAAAUAUGGCACAAGCAGGGCCAGAGAGUAUUGCUGUUUUCUCAGUCAAGACAGAUGUUGCACAUACUUGAAGUAUUCCUCAGAGCCCAAAAGUAUACCUAUCUCAAGAUGGAUGGUACCACUACAAUAGCUUCAAGACAGCCACUGAUUUCAAGAUAUAACGAGGACACGUCCAUAUUUGUGUUUCUUCUGACCACUCGAGUGGGUGGCAUAGGAGUGAACUUGACAGGAGCAAACAGAGUCAUCAUCUAUGACCCUGACUGGAACCCAAGCACAGACACACAGGCCCGGGAACGAGCAUGGAGGAUAGGCCAGAAAAAGCAGGUGACGGUAUACAGGCUUCUGACUGCAGGCACCAUUGAAGAAAAGAUCUAUCACAGACAAAUCUUCAAGCAGUUCUUAACAAAUAGAGUGCUAAAAGAUCCAAAACAAAGACGAUUUUUCAAGUCCAAUGAUCUGUAUGAGCUAUUUACUCUGACCAGUCCUGAUGCGUCCCAGAGCACUGAAACGAGUGCUAUUUUUGCAGGAACUGGUUCAGAUGUUCAGACACCUAAGCACCAUUUAAAAAGAAAAUCUCCCCCAGCCUUUGAAACAGACCAUAAUGCUCUAAUAAGCCAAACUUUUCCUGAUUCUAAUGCAUCUACAAAUGAUGCCACAUCAUCUGAAGAGAAAUCUAUGACUAUAGGAGCUGUAGAUCGGGCAGUACCCUCUAACCAAGGUAUUCUUCUGGAAGAUAGCCCUCAAGCACCUUUCAACUUAACUAGCAAUGACAGACUUGAGACUAGACCAGAGGACUCUUCAGUAACUAGUGAAAAUGGAGAGUGUUCAGAUUCCCUGAAAACCAGCACAAUAUCCACAACACCUUGUAUCAAAACUAUUGAAGGAAAGUCUGGUCUUCCUGAUAAAAGAGAAAGGUUCCAGAUUCAAACAGAGCUGCUUUGUGAAAAUAAGCAAAUAGAAAAUAAUUUUUCUAAGCACAAGUCAAAAACAAAGCAUAGUAUGGCAGAAGAGACCAUGGAGAAGCAGUCCAGACGAAAGCAAAAGCCUAAACAUUCCAAGCACUGCGGAGAUGCCAAGUUUGAAGGAACUCGAAUUUCACACCUAGUGAAAAAAAGGCGGUACCAGAAGCAAGACAAUGAGAAUGAGACCAUUGAAAAGAGCAAUGAUGAUUAUGUUUUGGAAAAGCUUUUCAAAAAAUCAGGUGUGCACAGUGUCAUGAAACAUGAUGCAAUCAUGGAUGGAGCCAAUCCAGAUUAUGUGCUAGUGGAGGCAGAGGCCAACCGAGUAGCCCAGGAUGCCCUGAAAGCACUGAAACUCUCUCGGCAGAGAUGUCUGGGGGCAGUGUCUGGUGUCCCCACCUGGACCGGUCAUAGAGGGAUUUCUGGUGCACCUGCAGGAAUAAAGAGUAGAUUUGGUCAGAAAAGAAAUUCCAGAUUCUCUGUGCAGCAUCCUUCUUCUGUAUCUACAAAGGAGAAAUGCCAGGAUGGCAUCAUGAAAAAGGAUGGAAAAGAUCAUGUUUCUGAGCAUUUUAGUGGAAAGGGAGAAAAUGCAGAAUCUUCAUCUGGGGCCCUCACUUCAUCCUCACUGUUAGCUAAAAUGAGAGCUAGAAACCACCUGAUUUUGCCCGAACGGCUAGAAAGUGAAAAUGUCCACCUUCCAGAGACGUCAGUUCCUCCCCCCUCCACAGACCAUGAUGACCUUCUGGUAGAAAUGAGAAACUUCAUUGCUUUUCAGGCACGUGUUGAUGGCCAGGCCAGCACUCAGGAAAUUCUGCAGGAGUUUGAAUCCAAGUUAACAGCCUCACAGUCGUGUGUCUUUCGAGAACUCUUGAGAAAUCUGUGCAAUUUUCAUAGGACUUCUAGUGGUGAAGGAAUUUGGAAACUGAAGCCAGAAUACUGCUGAUCAAAAUUACUUUCUAAACUUUAAAUAACCUGUGUUAAUUGGAAAUUCAUGAUUAUUAAUUCUAUCAUGAAUAAUCGUGUUUGUGAACAGAAGUUGGCCACACUUGUUUACUUUGAAUAUCUACCUCAUAGUUAAUUUUUUUUUAAGAAGGAGAAAUUCUCCUAAGUGUAAAAUAAUGCUAAAUAACUAAAGGAGAAAACAUUCAGGUUUCUUUUGGGGGGGGGGGGCACUAUGAAUUAAGUUGUAAAAUCAGGGACCUAACAGUUAAUCCUUGAGACACAUUUGUUUCCUUACCCAAAAGAUCAAGUCAGGGAGUAUAUUACUGCUUACUUAGGAGUUUGUGCAGGAGUAUUGCAAUAAUUCUUUUUUACUGGUGCUAAGAACAUGUCUUAUGUUCAGCAAGAUCUGCUCAAUAAAUUAGUUCCUCAAAAUCUGAUAACAGCAUUAUUUUUGGUGCAAUUUUUAAGUGUUUAAAUCUAUUAUUUAAACACCCCUCUCCUCUCAGAAUAUCAAAUUUGCUACCUUUGGAGGAUCAUAUUAAUUGCCUUUAAAUGAGAAAUACUUUAAGGUACAGUUCAAUUCAUAAGUAUUUUGUUACUAAAGCAUGAGAUAACUUGGUAAUAAAUGAUAGGACCUAGAUUGCCGUUAUCCAUGUUUCUCAUGUAGUAUGCUCAGUUUACACUAACUUUACUGUAAGCAAAGGACAUCUUCCCUCCCUUAUAGUGGCUCUUUGUUUUUGGAAGAUGAAAUAUGUUGUAUUAAAGAAAAAAAAAUCAAGCAGAAUGAAAAAAUGAGGUGUAGUAAAACAGACAGCACGCAGGCACACAAACAUCACGGCAGAACCUCUAUGAUCCUGAGAUGACUGCCGUCCAACCCUCUUGUUUGCUUGCAUGCUGAGAGGUCACUGCAUGGGUAAGGGUGCUGAUAACUUCUAUAUCAUUGUUCUUCUCUAUGUGUGGUUUUUCCCUCUAUUCCUUUGCUUUCACUGUGAUUUUCUUUCCUAUUCUUAGAAACUUGUUUUUCAGCUACAUCUAUUCUAUUUCUAGCUGUUUCUAUAUUUCUAAUUCUUUGCUGAUGCUUUUGACCCUUGGCUUAUUUUUUUCCUUUUCUUGUUUCCUUUUCUUCAUUAUUUCAACAUCUCAGCUCUAAAAUGUGGUAUUCUUAAAUUCACUGUAUUUCUUUCAUUUUGUCUGUAAUUGUCAUAGUACUUAUCAUUUCUUGGAUUUGCUUUCUCACCAUUUUUUUUUAAUCUUUUAAGACAGAUAACCUGCUUCACUUCUUGUGAAGCGACCCCCCCCCCCCCACAUCUGGGAAGCUGCGGGCUUGAACCAGGAUCCCACAUACGCUUAACCCAUUGUGCUACUGCCCAGCCCUGCACCAUUGUUUUCUUUCUGGGAGUUGUUGUCUGUUUUAGGUUUUUUGUUUGUUUGCUUUGCUUUACUUUUUAUUUUUGUAAGAAAAUUGCAUUGUCCAUGUGCUCAUACUAAAGUGCUAAUGCAGUUCACAGUUGUGAAGCAUUGGAAUGUUAUAUCUGUAUUGUUUGAAAUCCAGGUUGUAUUGAAGUUUGCAAACUCACCAAGUAGAAAAUGCCAUCAGAAAUUAUAACUCGCUAAAAGCAGAGUGAUCCUUGUUGUCCUUGUCUACCCUGCCACUGGCACUGGAGAGGUCAUUGUCCUGCUUGUGUUUCAGUAUGGAUAGUUGGUUUUUAGCUUCCUCUCCCCUCCCCUGCCCUCCCCCUCGCCUCCUUUCCCCUUCUCUUUCCUUUUCUCUUUUUUUCCCUUCCCUCCCCUCCCCUCUCUUUCUCUCCCCUCCCUUUCCCCUCCCCUUCCCCUGCCUCUCCCCUCCCCUCCCCUCCCCUUUCCUUCCCAUCCUUCCUGUCCUGUCCUUUUCUCUUUUUCCCCCUCAAUUUCUUGAUUUUCAUUAGUGACUAUAAGGUUUCAAGGGUAUAAUUUUACACCCAUGAUAAGUGUAAAUCUCCACACCCUCCACCCAAGUUCUGUCCCCCGCCCCCAUCCACACCCUAGCAUCCACCAUACUUCUCACAAAGUUUGAGACAGUUUGAUAGCUAUAGUAUAGUUUUGAACUUUGCCAUCAUUCAUCCCAGAGGGAACAACUUAGAAGACAAUGCUCUAAGUGUAAUGUCUAAACUAACUUAUUCAUUUAGAUGAAAUCUAAUUUUGGAAACUUUGAAAGCCUUGUAUAAUGUAGAUAGAUUUAAUGUAUUUAAUAUAUUGGCAUCAAGCUACAAAUAAAGAAUUUAAAUUUUUUGUGAAAUGUCUUAAUUCCUUGGUUAAUACAUGAUAUUCUGUCAAUCUACUAUCACUCUUAACAUAAUUUCAUACUGUGUCUCCCCACCACUCUUAACCCCUAGAGGUAUUUUUCCAGGCUACUUUCCAUAAAUUUACAUUUGAAGGUAACAUAUGGUGAAGAUGGUUGCUGCCAGGUUGCCCACUUUCCCCCUUGCUUGACUAAUGGAAUUCCUGAAUUAUUUGACUAAAUACUACUGAAAGAUCCUACUCCUUAGCCUCUCUUGUAGAACACAUGAAUAAGCAACUUGAAUGUAAAUAGAACUUCCAGAGUGAGCCCUUAAAUAAGGAAUUUAGUGUAUACUU